AUGGAAACUUUUAAUUUUUUAUCAAUUAGAUAUAAUAAAGAAGAAAAAAAAUUAGAAAUUUUAGAUCAACGUAAAUUACCAGAUAUCGAAGAAUGGUUACUCGUAAAUGAUCCAAGCGAUAUGAUUACAUAUAUUAAACAACUAUCAGUUCGUGGAGCCCCAUUAAUAGGUGUAGGAGCCUCCAUGAGUUUAUACAAUCAUGUUUUAUUAAACGAAAGUAAAUUAACCAAAGAAGACAUCACAAGAAUUUCAAUGGAACUUAGAGAAAGUAGACCAACAGCAGUUAACUUAAUGUAUUCAAUUGACGAAAUGAUGCAAGUUAAACAAGCAGAGGAUAAACGUGAUUUAUCAGCAGAAAAUUUAGGCAGAAUUGCAAUGUCAAUUAUAAAGAACGAAGUUGAGAUGUGUAGAAAAAUGUCAGAAUUUGGUGCAUCAUUAAUCCAACAUGGAGAGUCUAUCCUCACACAUUGCAAUACUGGAAGUGUAGCUACUGUAGGUGCAGGUACAGCCUUAGGUGUAAUCAGAGAAGCCCACAAACAAGGAAAAAAUAUUCAUGUUUAUGUAGACGAAACUAGACCACUCUUACAAGGUGGUCGUCUCACAACCUACGAAUUAGAGCGUGAAGGUAUUCCAUACACCUUAAUCUGUGAUAAUAUGGCAGCUACAUUAAUGCGUAGUGGUAAAAUUCAAAGAGUAUUAGUAGGUGCUGAUCGUAUUUGCCGUAAUGGUGAUUUUGCAAAUAAAAUUGGUACCUAUGGCGUUUCAGUUUUAGCUCAUCACCAUAAUGUGCCAUUCCAUGCUGUCGCUCCAAUGUCCACUGUAGAUAUCAAAUGUGAAACUGGUGAAGAUAUUCCAAUUGAAGAACGUUCAUCAUCUGAAGUUCAAGGUGCAUCUGGUGCAUUUGGUACUGUUCGUUGGGCUCCAAAGAAUUCAAAAACUUUUAACCCUGCUUUCGAUGUAACCCCAAUGAAUUUAGUUACAUCUUUAAUUUUAGAUAUUGGUAUUAUCGAUAAAAAUAAUUUAGAUAAAUUAAAAUAA